AUGCAUCUUCGAAGCAUCCUCGUUAUCAUCGGUUUCACUACCGUUGUAGGCGCCGCUAAGAAUAAAUGCAAACCGCCAGGCUGGUUUGAACGUUAUAAUAAUCAGAGCUUAAGCGAAUUCUAUGACCGCACCAAUUCUCCAUAUAUCAGGUCCGCCAUCGACUUCGUAAGAUCAGCAUCUCUCGACAAAGUUGAUGUUUGUAGACAUGAGCAUAAACACGGCGAGACUCUGGAAGAGUAUGUCAUCCCAAGUACAGAUCUACCAGCCGGGCUGGAGAAGGGUAACGUCGUAUGCCGGGAAGACGGACACUUUCUCGAGGAUCGCGAUAUAGAAGAGGUCCAAAAGUUGCAGUUCGGGCCCUGCAACGGAAAGGACAAAUGGGGGAGACAUUAUGGGGGCAGUCUCAAAACCUUCCCGUCUGGCGACGUCGUGGCAUUUCAAUGUGACUAUACCGCUUCGUACAAAAUCAUGUUUUGGGUCUAUGAAAAUGUAGGACAGACAUGCCAUCCGGAAGACCUCGGACACAUGUGGUUACAAAUUCACUUAUAUUGUGGAAAUCGACCCGGUUGGUUCGCCAUGGACAGUUGGGAUGUCAAAUAUGGUCGACAGCACAAGAAAGAUAGAAAGCUCUGCUAGAAGCUAUUCCCGUUUGAAACCACGCCUCACAAUUAGUCAAACAGAGAGACCGGAAUGGCCCCUAAAAAUCGACAGGUCGGAUGAACAUUAGGG